UGGAAUCUGCGCAGAAUCGUACGAGAUUCGUCUCGGGAACGAGCACAUCCAUCGUGAAAGUAUGUAUACUUCCACCAUGAGCACACCUAUCUUGCUUUCAUUAUGAACCAUGGCAGAGAGCAACAAAGAUUAACAGAGAGCAACAGAGCUCUAACCAAAAAAUGUGCUCCGAAAGCUAAGAGAAUCAUAUAUUUACGAUUAAUAUAAGAAUUGAGUUUUGUGUAUAUUUCACAAUACAAAAUCUGAUUAACAAUGCGGGUUGGAUUAGCUCUAUUAGCAGCCAAGUAUACAAAUAAAAUACCAUACAGAUUCAGAGGGAAAUAUCGUAUAGUUAAAAAACCAUCUAUGGACGAUUUAUUUAAGAUGAAGCAAGAUUUUGAAAGGGAAGAGCAAAACAUGUUGAUUCUACGGCAUCCCUAUCUCACACUUGAACAAAGUUAUGGUUACAUGAAGGACAUGUACCCCGAAAGCAGAAAGCAAAACUUUCUCGAGAAGGUACGGGCAGAAAAUCGUCAGAAGUUCCAAAAAGAAAUUACUAUCGUCGAACGUCUGUGUCACAUGAGAGUUACAGAAGCAUGGGAUUAAAAUCUUUCUACAGAUAUAUGUUUUUCCCUCAUAAAGUGAAUUUGCAAAAUCUGCCACAACUGGAUCGGCAUUAACACUGCUAAUUGCUAUUACUUUGCCAC